AUGAAGUUUGCCUACUCCACUACCCUCCUAGCCCUCGCCUCGACUGUUGCCGGUUCUCCCGUGGCAGAGGCAAGCCCUGAAGCCGAAGCUGACCCUACUCACGGCAAGCUCAUCUCCCUGUGGAGCUCCAUCUUGUGGAAGUAUCAGACGCCUGCCCACACGAUCCCCAAGUGGCCACCUGCACCACCGUCCAAGUAUUGCCCAUCUGGUUACCCCAGGCCUAUUGUGCCAUGGAACCAUCUCAAGUUCAAGUAUCCCGGUCUAUGCAAGCCCAGGCACAUCCCAGUCUACAAGCCGGGUUGCAAAAAGACCACCAAGCCACCUACUCCUCCCAAGUGGCCUCAUCCUCCUACCCAGCCCCAGCCUCCGACGUCAACUACCCCUGGCACAACCAUGACGACUGGCACCACGCCCACGUCUGUGCCAACCACCGGACCUCCAUACUUCUACAUCAACUGCCCUGAUCUCCCUGCUGGCUCCAUCUUUGAUGGCCAGCUCCAGUGCAACUCGCCCUACCCAGCCAUUGACGCUGCCGCCAACCCAUCGAAAGGGCCUGCCGCUACCAACACCAAGUUCUACCUCACGAAUGGAGCCCUCUUUGACCAAUUUGACCGAGCUUGUGAGAUUUCUGCUGGUAACCAGUUGCAGUGCAACGCAGUGGCAGACAAGUCGACCGCCAUGCAGGGAUUCUCCAUCAACACAUCCAAUCAACUCGAAUUCAAUGCUGAGAACACUUGGUACGGUUGCAACAUUGGUUCACAGGAUUCGUUUGGACAAAUCAUCUUUACUGGUACGCACCUUGACUUUGACGGUAACCAGAAGGAUACCUCGAAUGACAACUGCGAUGCAUACCGCUUGACGAUCCAGUACGUCUAG